GAGAGUGAGAGAAAAAGAGAGAAAGAGCUUCAAGUUCAAUAUGGCAGGAAUCGGCACUUGUUGUACGACUCUCUCUUCCACAAGUUUCAGGACAUCUCCAGUGGAAUUUGUGUCUCUUACUCAUCGAGGAGGAAUACUCUUAGGAAAACCGAUUCGCCGGAGAGCUUUGAGCAUUAGAGCAGAAGUGAAUUAUGUCAAUGCUGAAGAUGCUAAGAAACUCAUUGCAGUUGAGGGAUAUACAGUUCUGGAUGUCCGGGAUAAGUCUCAAUUUGAUAGAGCUCAUAUCAAAUCAUGCUAUCAUGUGCCUCUAUUUAUUGAAAACAAAGACAAUGACUUGGGCACAAUUGUGAAAAGGACUUUGCACAACAACUUUUCAGGUCUCUUUUUUGGGUUGCCAUUUACUAAACCCAAUUCUGAGUUUGUGCAAUCUGUUAAAAGCAAGUUUCAACCUGGAAGUAAACUCUUGCUUGUGUGUCAAGAAGGAUUGAGGUCUACUGCUGCUGCUAAUAAAUUAGAGCAAGCCGGGUUCGAAAAUGUGGCAUGCAUAAUAUCUGGGCUUCAAACUGUCAAACCAGAAACAUUUGAUACCGUUGGUACCACUGAGUUGCAAAAUGCUGGUAAAGCUGGUUUAAUCACUAUUCAAGGAAAAAUCUCAGCUGUACUUGGAACUGUACUUGUCUGUGCAUAUCUUUUUAUAACAUUCUUCCCAGAUCAAGCAGAGAAACUCUUUCCCCCAUCAAGCUGAGGUUAUAAUAUAAGAUGAUUUCUCACUCUGACAAAUGACAGGAAUAUGCAAUUUUUUAACAUCGACAAAAUAAUGUCUGAGAAUGUUCAUGUUGAAAAAAAUAGCUAACUUUUUCCACUUAAAUUGUUAUUUUUAAUGUGCAUUUAUCCUUAUUGUUGUCACCUGAAUGGUGAAGAAAAUGUUAUUUCUAAAAUGAUCUGUCAAAUUAUAUUGCU